CUCUACAACAAAACAACAGAUACUCGUUAAAUAGUGACUCCAAAGGAUACGAAGCUCCAGUCGUUAUGAUCAACGCCGUUCUCGUCUUCAACAAUGCCGGCCAGCCCCGCCUGACCAAAUUCUACACACAACUGGAGACCUCUGUUCAACAACGCUUGAUCUCCGAGAUCUUUGCCCUCGUCUCCCACCGUCCCACCGGAUCUUGCAACUUCCUCCCUCUCCCUCCUCUACUCGCCAGCUCCGGCACCUCAUCCUCCUCCUCUCCCCACGAACACAACGACAUCCCCUCUCUCGUCACCUAUCGCCACUAUGCGACUCUCUACUUCAUCAUAAUAUCCACGGCGACCGAAUCCCCUCUAGCACUUAUCGAUUUGAUACAAGUCUAUGUCGAGGCGCUGGACAGGCUAUUCGAGAACGUGUGUGAACUGGAUCUGAUCUUUAAUUUUGAGACGCUUCAUGCAUGUCUUGCGGAGAUAAUAGUAGGAGGUGUAGUGGUGGAGACACAGUUGGAGAGAGUGGUGGAAGGUGUGAAGAGCCAAGGGCGAGUGGCGAAGCGGCCAGUCAAUGAGAGCAGAGGUGUAGCAUUAGGAGGCAUGGGUGGAAAUUUUGGGUGGGCGGGCAGGUGAAGUGCUAUGGAGGAGAUUGGUAUUGGUACCUUUUACUGAACGGUGUUGGAAUUUUGAGAGAGAUAGGUUGUCGUUGCAUACGAUGAUCACUCAGACUGAAGAAGGUAUGAGCUUGCGAGCAGUGUAGAGAGCAGCAGUUGGGUGCAGAGACGGGGCCAGAGGCACAUGCCCUUAAGCCUUUCGUGGGCUUGAGGAAGAGAAGAAGAGAAUUGGUAGUGCUUCGGACUUG